CCAUUCCGCUCGACUGUCAAUGUGUCGUGCCGUUUUUCUUUCAAAAACCAAUUAAACGCCUAGUUUUUUUUUUACUUUGAACGUAGAGUCAUUGUAAUCCUUACGUAAUUAUUUUGUUGUUUUUACAAAACAAUCCUUUACGAAUUGGAUUUGGGUAAAUGACUCGACGAGUGAAAAAAAAUCUACGCUCUGCCAACGACACAAUGUGCUCUCAUUGCUAAACAUCAUACACUAAAGUUGCCAAAAUGUGGUUGAUAGAAAUUAUCGAGUACUUAAAGAGCCCGCAUCUCGUUGCUAACAUACAGGAGUUUUUCGGAAUACAAAUAAAUUAUAAAACUAAGCGUUCCGAGAGUUUCAGGUUAUCCGAUAAUAAGGAGCAAAAUGGAUAUAUUAAAAUGGAUAUACCAUUCUGCAGAGAAGUUGCGUUGAACGAACUCGAAUGUUCCUCCAAUAGAUAUUUAAUGAAAUUAGAAUCUCCAGAAUUUAUCAUUAAGAAUCGUUUUUGGUAUUACUUGUUUUUAUUUGGUACAGAAUUAGGGGAUGAAAUUUUUUAUUCCGCAUUCAUACCCUUUUGGUUUUGGAAUAUCGAUGGCGCUGUCGGCCGGAAAGUGAUCUUAGUAUGGGCCGUUGUUAUGAGCAUUGGACAAGCAUUGAAAGAUGUGAUUUGUUGGCCAAGACCGGCUUGUCCACCAGCCGUCAGAUUGCAAAACAAAUGGUCCGAAGAAUAUGGAAUGCCGUCGACUCACGCUAUGAUCGGAAUUUCAAUUCCUUUCAGCGUACUGAUAUUUACCAUGAACAAAUACAUCUAUUCGUUUUCAAUUGGUUGCACGAUAGCUUUCUUCUGGUGUAUGCUUAUCUGCGCGAGUCGACUCUAUUUGGGAAUGCAUACGGUAUUGGAUAUUAUAGCGGGACUGCUAUUAGCUAUCAUGCUGAUGAUUCCAUUGGUACCUCUAGUAGAUGCAUUAGAUUAUUAUACCGUUACUAACGUCUGGGUUUUAACACUUUUAAUAUUAAUUAGCGUCAUCGCUGUGGUUUAUUAUCCGUGUAGCAAUAAAUGGACGCCAACUCGCGGCGACACAACUAUGGUUGUUUCUGUAACUGCUGGAGUUCACGCAGGAGCAUGGUUAAAUUAUAAGGCGGGCACGCUUUCACUUUCGCUUCUUCCACCACCAUACGAUAUUAUUUGGCCAUCCUAUCGUAUGUUAGGAUGUAUGAUUUUUAGAACGUUACUUGGUUUCUGUAGUAUCAUUGGAACGAAGGCUGUUUGUAAAUCGUUUUGUUAUACCGUAAUAUGUGCCAUACUUAAAGUCAAUUCUAAAGAGCUGAUGAAAAGUGAAAACUAUUUGGAAAAUAAGAAAAAAAUUUUCACCGAUCUAGUCUAUAAAUAUCUAACUUGUUUCAUGAUAGGUGUGAAUACGGUAUAUCUUUUGCCAAAUAUCUUUGCUAUAAUUGGCAUCGAACGGUCACCAUUCUAUACAGAGUUCUAAGAUGAUAUUCGAUCUGCAUAUAUAAUAUUGCGUAUAUGUUGUUACGCAUUUGGCAGAUAUCUCUUGUAUGUGCGAGUUCAAUUACCGAAGCCUCGUCGAUACGUCGUAAUCGAUUGAUUGGUCUUCUUUUAAUUAUGAUUCGAUAAACAUGAUACAUUUAGAUGCAAUUGUAAAUAACAUAUAACAUUCGUCACUUCGUUUAAAUGUCUAUUGUAUUCAAAUAAUUUUAAGCUUCGUAGAUGAGCAUUUAUUGUACAAAUAAAACUUGGUAUUAUAUAUGUAAAAAGUAAUUACUACAAUGUAAUUACUACAGUUAAAACUAUCUUCGGAAAUGUACCAUCUUGUCGAAAAUGAAAAUAAUACAUAGAUACGCAUGUAUAUGCAUGAAUAAUUUACAUGCGAAGUAUAUCAUAGAUAUCAUUUAACGGUGUCCUAAGUAAAGAAAAUCUUUUUUAUAUGAAUCUUUAUUUUUGAUUUUGUAUUUUUCUCAGUAAAAUUCAUACUUCCAUAAUGAAAAUGCAAAUAAUGUAAAGGAACGCAUAUCGCUUCGUAAUAGAUGUAUUUGAAUAAAAUAAAUAUAAAAAUUAA